UCCUCCCGGAAGCGGAAGUGCAGCGUGUUGUUUAUAUGCCGCAUUGAAUAAACGCGCGUCUUGUGGACAAAAGAGAUUGUGUGCUUUCUUUAAACUAUGUCUCUAACACGAUAUAAUAAAUCAGUUUCAUAAGGUUUAUUUUUUAAUAAUAGAGUGUAAUUCUAGUGUAAAGGGUAUAAGUGAUCAAAUUACAGUCAUGGCGGCUGCAGGAGCAGUGAACGUGGGUGAUAUUGAAGAAGACGCCUCGCAGUUGUCUUUCCUAAAGGUGGAGUUUGAAAACUCCGAGACUCUCCUGAACUCCGAGGUCCACAUGCUCCUGGAGCACCGGAAGCAGCAGAACGAGAGUGCCGAAGACGAACAGGAGCUGUCCGAGGUCUUCAUGAAGACGCUGAACUACACGGCUCGCUUCAGCCGCUUCAAGAACCGCGAGACCAUCGCCAGCGUUCGCAGUUUACUCUUGCAGAAGAAACUACACAAAUUCGAGCUGGCGAGUUUGGCCAAUCUCUGUCCCGAAGCUGCCGAAGAGGCGAAAGCCCUCAUUCCCAGCUUGGAAGGUCGAUUUGAGGAUGAGGAGCUGCAGCAGAUUCUGGAUGAUAUUCAGACCAAAAGAAGCUUCCAGUAUUGAAUUUGUGUUUUUCGGUGUUUUCUGUGCGCACACACACACACACACACACACACACACACACACACACACCCCAAUACUAUUUGACGUUGUUCGACUGAGCCUGCAUUCCAUAUGUUUCAGUACAGAUUUUUCCAUUUUGUUGGAGAUGAUUUGUUUAUAAAGAUGAAAAUAAAUAAAUCUGGUGUUUUUUUGUAAA